AUGCCGAAAGAAGUGCCUAAAGAUUUGCUGAAUGAGUCAACACCGGAAGUAGUUUUUAAGAGAAAAAAUGGAAAAUUGUUCAAAAAGAUUGCUAAAGCAACUCAUUUUAACCUGAGAGAAGUAGAAGCACUCGCCUUAUUGCAUCGCACAAUUGAAGCAGAUAGAGGGCCACUGGUCAGGACGGUAUUUAGAGAUAUUUACCAUGGUGGACUAGAUUUGACGGAAAAUAAGCGUCACCUACUAGUAGAUCGCGUAUUUUCUAAUAUUGAUAAACGGAACGUACUUCGACUGCCAAUUGCUGAUUGGGUCGCUGGAUUGUCAAUAAUUUUACGAGGUUCUGUAGCGGAAAAAACAGCAUUCGCGUUCAAAGUAUACGACAUGAUGCGAACGAGAAAACUAACAAAAGAACAAAUAUUUCCGAUGUUGCGAGGUUGCUUCAUCAAAUUACAACCAGAGGAGGAUCCCGACGAGACAGUAAAAGACAUGAUAGAAUUGCUGGUGAAAGCAAUAGACAUCGACCGAGACGGCGACGUCUCCCACGAGGAAUACCAGCAAGCGGUGCUAGAGAAAAACUUGGCUUUCCUCGAGUGCAUGGGUCCCGUGUAUCCCUCGAGAGAAGCAGCCCACGCUUUCCUUAGUACCUUCACCGACACUGCAGCCUUCUGA